AUGCACGAUGACUACGGUAAACUCUUCGAGUCGUACAAGAAGCUGCGAAAAGUUGCCGAGGAGCAGAAAAUGGAAUAUUCUGCUUUGCACGACAAAUUUGUUGAGAAAGUGGAAGAAAUCAAAAUUAUUCAAGGAAAGAUGAGUCGCUUAAGGGAGGAUGCGCAAAAAAAGCUAGACCAAGCCUCGAAAGACAUGGCGGAUUGUCUUCGCGAAAGAGAUGAGAGUCUUGUGGGAUUGAAACUAAAAGUACGUCAUCUCGAAAUGGAUCUGAAGUCGCAUCAACGAGAAUUGGAAAUUAAGAAAAAUGAAGCUGCCGAGCUCCGGGACAUAUGUAAUCAACUUAUGAGACAAGUCGAACCGGUGUCAGACGUGGAACAAUGA